GUCCAUUGUCUCUACUCUUGAUUCAUGCCUCUCUCAAUUUCACAUAAUCUCAAACUCACCUUGCUCAUAUAGUCCACCUCUCCAUCGAUUUCUCUAUCAAGUCCAGGUUGCGUAUUCUAUCGACACCAAAUCCGUAGCAUUAUUGCUGAAAAAGAAUUGGUUUUGUGUAAGGAACUUCUGAUCAGUGCAGUGAUGCUGGCGAAGUUCGUGCCUUCCCCAGCUUUGGCAUUUUAUCAUGGAUCAUCUUUACACUGGUCUUCUCCUGAUUUUGUAGCACCUCCCGUUAGUUCAGCAGUCCAUGGAGACCUACGGAGCUUUUCUCCACGGGAACUGACUCGAAAAGCUAGGAACAUUUCCCUUCCAUUCAAGAAGUGGGAACUGCUUUCUGCAGCUCCAACAAUAGAUGUAACCUUGAGCAAUGAAGAUACUGAGAAAUGGGCAUCUUGCAGAGAAGCUCUGUCUGUGUUCAACUUCAGCAUUGAAGAGCAAGACAAGAUACUGGGAAAAGCAUUUGGCCACAUUCGCUCACCAUAUUGGGGUGAGGAACGAAAAGCAGAGGUCCCUGAUUACAAGAUUGUGAAUAAAAUACUGGAGUAUCUCAGGAGUUUGAGUCUCUCUGAUGAUGAUCUCUCCAAACUUCUCAAGAAAUUUCCUGAAGUUCUUGGUUGUAGCUUCGAGAACGAGCUAAAGAAUAAUGUACAGAUCCUAGAAAACCAGUGGGGCAUAACAGGGAAGCCUUUGAGAAACCUCCUUCUUCGUAAUCCUAAAGUCUUGGGUUAUAAUGUUGAUUGCAAAGGAGACUGCAUGGCACAAUGUACUCGUUGCUGGGUUAGGUUUUAGAGGAACUUGAUUAUUGUAUCAAUUCUUUAAUAUACUGUACACAAUAUGAUAUACAUAUUCCUGUAUUUUGUGGCA